AUGGCAAUAUCAUACCUCUUUAAUUUGAUCCAAAAGCGAAACUGCAGCCUAAAGGCCAACGCCAACGAGGCCAAGGACGAGGCCAAGGCGCCGCUCUUGCCGAAGCUUUGCCUUGGCGGAAAGGUGAGGUUCACGAGCUCCCGGUAUUCUUCGGUUGAGGAGGUCCUCUGCGAGAUCAGCUCGAAGGCGGCUCAGCCCUCGGCCCUGGCCACCCGAGAACACGCAAUCGAAUCCUCUUGCAAGCGUUGA